AUGUCGAAAAGUGAUAAUGAGAUUAGAGUGGAUAAAAACGUCGAAGACUAUGAUCAAAAACGAAGAGAAGCCUUAUCAAAAAUUGACAACGCUAAAUUCGGCUGGUUUCACGUUCGUGCCUGUUUAGUCGCUGGUAUCGGCUUCUUCACUGAUGCCUAUGAUCUGUUUGCUAUCAAUUUGGCAUCGACAAUGCUGGGGUAUGUUUAUUGGAACAAGGAUAGUCCUCCUAAAGAGAUAGAUUUUGGAAUAAAAGUCUCGGCUGCUGUGGGAACUUUAGUUGGUCAAUUGCUAUUCGGGUGGUUGGCAGACAAAUUGGGAAGAAAGAGAGUAAUCAUUGCCUCUUGCGGAACUGCUUUAGCUGGGAAUGGAUAUGCGAUUAGUGUUCAGGCGGUUAUUAUCAUAUGGCGAAGUAUUCUUGGUGUUGGUAUUGGCGGAGAUUAUCCUUUAUCGGCUGGUUCCAUGAUGGGAGCUGUAUUCGCUAUGCAGGGUUUUGGCAUUUUGGCCGCUGCCCUUGUAUCAACUGUCAUUUUAUCAGCGUUCAAAUCAUCAAUCGAAGCCGAUCCACUAAAUGUUGAUUAUUGUUGGCGUAUUUUGCUCGGAGUUGGCGCUGUACCCGGAUUGCUUGCUUUAUAUUUCCGUUUAACUAUUCCGGAAACCCCAAGAUAUACCAUGGAUAUUGAAAGAAAUGUUGAGCAAGCAACACGUGACAUUUCAAAUGUCUUAACAACUGGUACUUAUGAAGAUCGUGAUCCUGACGCACCUGUUGUCCGUGUUGAAGCUCCACGUCAUGGCUGGCAAGAUUUCAAAAGUUAUUUCGGUAAAUGGAAAAAUGGAAAGGUUUUGCUCGGCACGAGCGUGACUUGGUUCGCGUUGGAUGUGGCCUUUUAUGGUAUUGGUCUCAAUAAUACCAUUAUCUUGAAUGCAAUCGGUUAUGCAAAGGAUAAGAGAGUAUUCCAAAAUCUCUGGAAUAAUUCCAUCGGAAACAUUAUUAUUACUAUACUGGGAACUGUCCCUGGUUAUUGGUUCACCGUUUUGUUCGUGGACUCAUGGGGUAGAAAACCGAUUCAACUUAUGGGCUUUGGAUUAUUAACAAUAAUCUUCAUUAUCUGGGGUUUCGCCUAUGAUGAGAUCAAAAAGGGACCAAACGCUGGCUUUAUUGUUAUAUUUACACUUGCUCAGUUCUUCCAAAAUUUCGGACCAAAUUCAACAACAUUUAUCGUACCAGGAGAAGUUUUCCCAACUCGAUAUCGAUCAACAGGUCAUGGUAUUUCCGCAGCAUCGGGCAAGCUCGGCGCAAUUAUUGCACAAAUAAUCAUCUACGUAAUGAAAUCUAAAGAUAAGGGAGACAGUGCUUAUAUCCCAACCUUAAUUAAAAUUUUCGCGCUUUUCAUGUUUAUCGGUCUACUUUUCACCUUUUUGAUACCUGAAACUAAGGGUCUAACCUUGGAAGAAUUAUCCAUGGAAGAACAGGUUGGGUUCGUUAAAUCGAAAGAGGAAAAAAAAGAAGACAAUUAA